AGCAGUCAUUCCAGAUUAAAGACGGAACUUUGUCUUAAUAAAAACAUAAGCGGCAGGACAUCUCUGCCAUUAUCAGCAGGACGUUGGGAUUACAGACAGCGGCCCUCAGUGGGCGGAGGUGGUACUGCAUCGGGAGGUUUUUACGUCUGGAUGUGUCAGAGAGUCAGGGCGAGUCUUGACUGCAGACGUCGUCGUUACAACCAGGAUGAGCAUCAAUAUGGAGGCAAAUCCUUCCCCAUAACGACUGUCCACUGGCCGACCGCUGAACCCCCUAUAAGUGUCCUGAAACAGAUUCUUCUUCCUCUCGACGUCACUUUGUCCUUUUGGUCGUUUUUCUAAAGUCCAUCUUCAGCGCUGACGUGAGUCCGCCAUGUCCGGGAAGGAGCGCAGCCCCCGCCACCGGCCGUGGUCGGUCUACCGGGCCAACACCUUUGAUCUCUCAGCUGAGAUGAUGGGACUCGCUCUUUCAGGAAACAGUCAGGAUCCGGAUGAGCCGGUGCUGGAGUUCAGUGUGGCCUGCAGUGAGCUGGUCACUCCCUCUCUGGACCGUAAACCAACCAGCUUCGUGGCGGUGAGCUGUACCACCCCACCCCAGGCUUUUUGGACCAAGCAUGCUCAGACUGAAAUCAUCGAGGGCACUAGUAAUCCUAUCUUCCUGAGCAGCAUAGCAUUUUUUCAGGACUCUCUCAUCACCCAGCAGACUCAGAUCAAGCUCUCUGUCUAUGAUGUAAAGGACCGCGCACAGGGCACGAUGUACAUGCUGGGGUCGUCCAUGUUUUGUGUGAAGGAGCUCCUGCAGGACAAACACCACAGACUGCACCUGAUUCUGAGGUCAGCUGAGAACGAGCGAGUGGGAAACAUCACCGUCAUCGCCUGGCAAGUGGAAGAGAAGCGUGAGCAGAGGACACCGGUGGCGAGAUUACAGAGAGGAGACACGGUUAACGGGAGGAUGGUUCUUCCUGUUGACGAGAGUCUAACCGGAUCUGCCGGCAUUAAAUCCAAGUCUUCAUCUUUAUUUAAAGACCCGAUGCUGAAGGCAGUGUUUGGAGGCGUCAUGUCCCGGACGUACCGCUUCCCCACCACAGACGGGAAUCACCUGCGGAUCCUGGAGCAGAUGGCAGAGAGUGUGCUCUCCCUGCAGAUCCCCCGACAGUUUGUCAAGCUGCUGCUGGAGGAGGAUGCUGUCAGGGUGUGUGAACUGGAGGAGCUGGGAGAGCUGUCUCCAUGCUGGGAGAACCUCAGAAGACAGAUCAUCACGCAGUACCAGACCAUCAUCCUCACAUACCAGGAUACCAUCACUGACCUGCACGAAUACAAAGGACCUUCAUUUAAGUCCAGCACCCUAAAAGCUGAGAAAAAGCUGGAGUUCAUUCCCACAAACCUGCACAUCCAGAGGAUGAGAGUUCAGGGAGAGUCUGGCUACGACCGGACGUACGACGUUGUGACCAUUGGUGCCCCUGCGGCCCAUCACCAGGGCUUCAAAGGCUGCGGCCUCCGGAAGCUGCUGCAGAAGCUGGAAGAAGCCAGGAAACAACACUAUGAGGGGGAGAGCUCUGCGGGAUCUAAAGGAAUGACCUAUCAGCAUCAGGAUGUCUUGAAGGCAAAGGAGCUGAUUGGCCAGAUAAACACCCUGAAGACUCAAGUGUGUUACUACACGGAGCGCCUGUCCCGCUCUGCCAAAGAGCGCUCAGCCAACGCCCUGGAGAGAACUCUGGCCAUUUUGACAGAGAAGACUCGUCAGCUGGUCACCGUGUGCGACUCCAAGCUGCUGUCCUCGGCCAUCCUCGCCCUGGCGGCCGCUCGGCCAGAGAACUCCCGGCGCAGCACUCCGUCCCCAUCCUCCUCUUCUUCCCUUUCUCUUUCCUCCCACUCGCCAUCCCGCUCCCCGUCUCAUCUACCCCCAUCCCCUUCUCGUGCUGCCGCAACCGCCUCCCGGCACGCGGCUGCUCCGGAUGGCGGCGAAACGACUAAAAACAAGCGCGCCUCCCUGCAGGCGGACUCGCACGAGGAGGAGUGGGACAAGGUUUGGCUGAAUGUGGACAAAAGCUUGGAGUGUGUGAUCCAGAAGGUGGACCAGCUGCUGCAGAGAGACAAACUGCAGAGUGACAGCAGCUCUGAGGACGUUUUCCUGAUGGCCAACGAGGAGCCGAGCAGCACCAAGAAAGAGAGCAGUCCGGAAUUUGAGAAGAAAUCUCCAGGUGAAUGGAACGAUGCCCUGUAUCCUCUCCUCUCAACUCUGACAGACUGUGUGUCCCUCAUGAGCGACAAAGCCAAGAAAGCCAUGGUGUUCCUGCUGAUGCAGGACAGUGCGCCGACCAUCGCCAUGAGCAUCACCAUGCAGUACCGGCGCGACGUGGUCUUCUGCCAGACGCUGACGGCUCUGAUCUGCGGCUUCACUCUCAAGCUGAGGAACUGUCUCUGUGACUCGGGCUUCCUCAGGCAGCUGUCCACCAUCGGCCUCCUGGUCCAGUAUGAAAGCCUGCUCAGCACCUACGGAGAGGAGCUGGCCAUGCUGGAAGACAUGAGUGUCGGAGUGAUGGACCUGAGAAACGUCACCUUCAAGGUCACCCAGGCGACGACAGGUUUCAGUCCGGACAUGCUCCCAGUGAUCACGGGGAACCGGAACGGUUUUAACGUCAGGGUUCCCAUGCUGGCGGCCAUGUUCGACACACUGCCUCGAGAGAUCCAGAACGGGAUGCUGCUCCGAGUGCAGCCGGUUCUGUUCAACGUGGGGAUCAACGAACAGCAGACACUGGCUGAGAAAUUUGGAGACACGUCACUGCAGGACAUCAUCAACAUGGAGAGCCUGACCCGCCUCAGCUCCUACUAUGAUCAGUUCAAAGAAGUCCUUCCAGAAGACUGCCUCCCCCGCUCUCACAGCACCACCAGCCUGCCAGAGCUGCUCAGAUUGCUGGGCCAAAAUGUCAACGCCAGGAAAAGCAAGAACGUGGAGAUCCUGUGGAUAGCAGCCGAGGCAUGCCGGCGCCUCAACGGAGUGCGCUUCACCAGCUGUAAGAGCGCCAAGGACCGCACUGCCAUGUCUGUAACGCUGGAGCAGUGUCAGAUCCUGCAGCAGGAGCACGCCCUGGCCCCCCAAGUCUUCUACCAGGCCCUGGACUGCAUGCGCAGCGAGGGCUGCAGGAGAGAGAACACCAUGAAGAAUGUGGGAUGCCGAAAAUACGCCUUUAACGCUCUCCAACUCAAGGCCUUCCCCAAACAAUACCGCCCCCCAGAGGGGACUUACGGGAAAGUUGAGACCUAAGUGGACAUUUUUUUUAGUCAGAAACCCAAAGACUAAACAAAGAAAAAAAAAAAUAACAACAUAAACUGGAGCCCUUUUUUUGUAUAUAGUCACUGUUCAAAUGUUUAAAAGUGCCAGUGCUACUGUAGAUGUCCCCCCUCAGUAGUACUAGAAUCAAACACUUUCACGUCCAGAACACGGCUGUCACGCUGAAGCCCACAGUGCUGUGGUCAUAGCCGUUGUAGCACUUCUCUUCCUAUGUAUGUUCACCCGAUUCUUUAAAGUAACCUGUAGAGCUGUGUUCAGGUCAUGUGCUUUCUGCUUUAGUUCUGGUCAAAGCACAUUCUGUUUUUGCAUCAUGGUCAACAAGUUUAAUGCAGUAAAGACAUGAAAGCCUUAUUCAACUCUAUGAUUUGUGCCACAGAGCUUUGACAGCCACUCUGCACCUUAAGCUUCAUCAUCAGCUGUAGAUGUCUUUUACUCUGAGCAGUUAAGUAGAGAAGAAAUGUCCUGACAGCCUUGUUUUAAUGUUAUCUUUCAUUUUUUAAAGCUUUUUUUAUUUUAGCAUUAGCAGUCUUUAAAAAAAAAAAAAAACUUACACUACGGUUAAUUUAGAGUUUUUUGGAGUCGUCCUCUAACUUUAUCUUCUGCAAAUAUAUUUUUCUUUUGUUAAUUUAUAUGUCGAUGUUCUGUCAAAGUCUGUUCACGUAUUUUGAUUAAGCUCAUGCUGCUUCUCAAGAACUCUGCGUUGUAGAUUUUUCUAUUUUCACAACCAGAAUCAUUUAGAAUCAUGGUGUUGUAUUGCACUUUGUUUUCCUCUAUUGUCCACUUGUUUGUUUUAAAAUUCCUCUGAACUACAGGAAACUUAAAAAUUAAGGUUUUGUUUUUCUCCAAGUGAGCGUUAGUGGUUGGCAUGUAAGCAGACAUUUCAACCAAUCUUAUAAAAAUCUCCAACCCAAAGCAGGAAUCAGAAAAAAUGGAAAUUUCUUGUUCGUAAAAGCAGAAGGUGCAGGAACCUAAAGGAUAGUCAGAUUUCUAGAAGCGCAAACUGCUUUCAUUCUUCAACUAUUUUCCUUUUUCUUUUGUGCUCAUUUCAUGAACCACACUUUGCAAAAAGUAGUACACUUAAAUAUGUAUAGCAAGUACACUAAAAACCAUGUACAAGUAAUGUAGGAAGUAACUGAAUACUUUUAAAUUGGAGCCUUUUAAGUUUACAAUCUAAAGAUGGUAUAUAAAAAGGAAAGUUCAAGUAUAUUGCCUCACUUUUAGUAUCUAAGUAUUAUGUAGUACACAAAUAUUGUAUGCUACACAUAAACAGACAACUAAAGUUUGUUGUUACUUUUUAGUUCGAGGAAACAAUAUUUUAGACAAAUAUUUGCAUUUUGUGCUACAAGCACCAAAUUUGCCAAGGAUGUAUCUUAAGCCUCGUUCCCACUGUGCGGUCCGGUGUGGUACUGUAUGGUCCGGUAUUUUGACUGUUUCCUCUAGGGGUGUGUAUUGGCAAGAGCCUGACGAUACAAUACGUAUCACAAUAGGGUACGUAUUGCGAUAUAUUUCAAGACUGUACCAUAACAAUUUUUCACUUUUUUUAGAGUAAGACUUAGAAAAAAAACCUCAAACCUGAAUAUUAAUAAAUUAAUUAAUCAAAUAUCGUCUUUUCAGCAUUUUAAAUCAAUACAAGUAUCGCCAAACGAAAUAUUGUGAUAUAUCGCCAAAUCAGUUGUUCCCUUCCCCCCUAGUUUGCAUUGUAAAAUUGAUCCCAUCGGUUGUAGGUCCACUGAAAUGUGGAACAUAAUGGUUGGGGUGGAGCCGCUGUAGCCACCUGUUGAUUGGAAGAAAGUGAUGACGACAUUAGAAAGUGCCAAAAUAGCGCUCAUUUAAGCUAACAUUUCCAACGUUUAUAAGUAUUCGGGGUUUUGUGGUUUUCUGUGUAGACUUUUAGUCUAUAUUGAAAAGGCCUGGUCUGGAUGGAACUGCAAAUGUUCUUACCAUCCUUAGCAACACUGUGAUAAGGUGUGAGCUUGAGGGAUCCAUUGCUUUUCUAGUCGUCGCACUACAACGACGCAAAGACACGCUAGCGGUUUACACCACGCAUGCGCCGUGAAAACAAACCGCUCAGUGGAAGCGAGGCUUAACUGAGUGGAAACGCUCACCAGAAUUAACUGGUCUGUACCAUACCAUUCUGAACUGGACCGCUCAGUGAAAACGGAGCUCUAGGAUCCCCUCUUUCAAUUUGUCAAGAGAAAAAUAAAAAAAUGCGUUUUUAAAGAUAGCAGCCUUUUACUUAAAUGUUAACAUAAUCAAUUUCUAUUUGCUGCAGUAGUGAAAACACAUAUACUAUUUAUGCUCAAAAUGCAGUCUUUUAACUUAAGGGGUACCUACAGAAUACUAUUUUAAAUAUAUUUUAUAUAAUUUAAAAUCUUGUUUUUCUGAAAUGUUUGAGUGGUUUGGUCCAUUCCUAAGAGUGCAGUGUAAAAGCUAACCAAACCAAAUGAUGGUUUCGUUUAUUUUCUUUAUUCUCUGCCGAACCUAAGCAAAAGUAGUUUGUUUCAGUGUACUACGAGUAUAUUUAGUCUAUGCUAAAAGUUAGGCAGUAUACUUGAAAAUUACUUUUUAUAUUCUAUCGAUUUAUUGUAAACUUUAAAUCUUUAUUUGAAAGAAGGAUUCACUGAAUAUGCUUCCAUCACUACAUAUAUGUAAUCUAUAGUAUACUCGCUACACCUGUACUCAAGUAUACUUAAUAAAAUAAGCUUUAAGUGUAGUACUUUUUGCUGAAGGUAUUCAAACUGAGUCUACCCAACAAUCAGAUGUGAAAGCUUCUAAGUCUCACACACAGCUGGACCAAAUGUGAGGAAUUAACCCACUGAAACAGCCUUGUUUGUCUAAUUUCACACUUGGUAGGGGCUCUCACAGACCACUAUAAUCCUGUUGGUUACUUAUGUAGACCAUGACUACAAAAUUAGGCUAAUUUGACCUUAAGCGGAUGAUCUUUAUUUAAACAAAAAUAAAACAUCAGAAGUGUUUCGUAAUGACAGUUGGUUUGAUGUUUCUUGGAUAUUUUGUGUAGCUCUUUGGUUGUGAAUCAGAGCGCAGAAGUGAACUAGAAGUCCCAUUUUGAGCAUAUUUAAUGGUCAUUUAGUCUUUUAUGAUCUGUUUUAGUUUGGAAAAGUUAUCAUUUUUUACUUGCACGAAUCAAUUGAAAGCUGCAGUUUUCUUCAAUGUUUAUCUUAAAAAAACUGAAUGGAAGAUCAUUUUUUCCCACAAUUCUUUGCUGUAGCAACAUGCAAAGUAACAUUUUGUUUGAUCUAUUUGUUGACAACAUGACAGAUGAUCACGCUUUUGGGAUUUAUUGUAUGAAACGGCAUAAUAAGAAAUUCCAAUCAUGCUUUACAAACAUAUAGUUUCUUAAACAUCUCAGCAGAGUAGGAUUUGAUUUUCUCAGUUCUUUGUCACAUCUUUUAAGUUUUAAGGAAUUUAGGUUCAUAUGUUGCCCAAUUGAGCUUCCUUUUUUCAGUUCGGAUCAUGCUGACUUCUACCUUUCUACUUUUGUUUGGUCAGUUGGGAAACUUGGAGAUGGUUCUGAAUGCAAACAAUUUUCUGUGAACCUAAAAAAAGGUUGACAUCACUGCAUUAUGUAUGAAAAGUUCUCAUGAAGCAUCUCAAGUCUGCAAGUGUUACAUUUAUUAAAGGUUUCCAGGGGAAAGCAGAAAGCUAUAGUCACAGAUUCUGGUUUCUAUUGUGAUUUAUGGGUUUACAAGAUUGAAAUUGAUUAAAUUAUUUAAUAUAUGUUCUCAGUUAAUGAUGUUCUUACGUGUUCUGCAGAAAAACUGUCUGCUGUCCUUCAACUUGAUAUUAAUAUUUUUUUUAUUUAUUAUAUUAAUAUAACUUUUUUUUUCAUUUAUCUGGAGUUUGAUGAUGUCUUUAGAUGUAAAUGCUACUGUUGCCUUUCUCUCCACAGUAUCAUUUAAAUAUGAUUUAUUUUUCUAAUUCAUGUGCUUUGAUGGGCAGAAAUAGUAUAUGAAAGUGAUGUUUCUUGAUUUAGAUUUUGCAUCCUCUGACCUUUCCAAACAAUUCCUGUCAGUUUGAGCUGCACAUAGAAUUUUCUCAAAUGACAUAUCCAUACGUUUGAAUUCCUUAAUUCAUCAAAGCGGAUUCUUCAUAUUAAAAUAUUUAAGCACUAAAAUAUAGGUCUACUUAUUUAUUGUGACUCAAACAGAAAUCAGAAAUAUUUGUUAAGACUUAGUUCUGUUCCUUAAACCUAUGAUCGGGAUCAAAGACGACUAUUUUACUCUUUAAAUAAAUGAAUAAAAUUGUACAGUUUAGGUUCCUUGGAGUAAAACUGUUGAAUUUUGUGAUGUCAGACAUGGACUCUGAGAGCUAAGUUGGUCUAUAUGUUUCAUAUGGAGCGUAGCAUAUGAUCAGCUUUAUCUAAACAGAUAUGAUGUGUAAAUAUAUCUUUAUGUCCCUCUGUGGUGAGGGCCGGAGGCUGCUCAGACUUUAUUCUAGUGCUCUGUCUCGUCUCUUUUUCCUUAUUAACACCAGCCAAAAAUUCACACCACUCUGCUAAAUAAGCACCAUUUUUGAAACAGUUUGUUCUUUAAAGUAUGAUUAAGUGCUUCACAGAUUGGGGGAUUCAUGCUACUUAUCUUACAUAUUUAAAGAUACUUAGAACAUUUUAUUGGGUCAUAAUGUGGAAUUUUAAAGUGCUUAAAACUUGUGAUUUUUAUUAGAUUGGGGUUGAAAGUUGCAUUAUGCAGGAUACUUGAUGAAAACAUUGGAUUAAAAGUUCCAAAAACUGCAUGAUUGAGCAAAGCAUGGGGCUGCUGCAGGUGUUUGGCACUUUCUGUGCAUGAGCAACCAUUUAAACCUACCAGUUGUUGCUGCAGCAAAGCCUGUUCUUUAAGUAUCAUUCCCGCACAAAAGUGGGAGUUUGUUUUUUGAUCUAAUCCUGUUUAGAAAUAUGUUUGUCUGUGACUAGUUUUGCCAAAUUUAUUAUAUUUUUAUCCUUUGCUUUACAGUUACCAGCAUCGUACUAUCAGCUGUACUUUGGUCAAGUUUUUUUUUUGCCACCUGAAGAAUGGGCUGGAAUAAAAGUUUACUAAAACAA